GCACAAAGAUCGUCUGAGGAAAGCAAGGGCUCAUUCUGUCAUCUCGCUUCUGAGGGAGGAUACGCAGCACUCCACAGUUCGCACAGUGAGCCCUCGCUCCCCUCAGACGGUCUUUGCGCCGUCUCUCCUCCGCGGAGCUCCUCCGCGCAGACUCGCUGCAUCCUCCAGCGGAGCAUCACCGAGCGGCUCGCGCGGCUCUCCUCCGCGGUCACAUGAAGGCCGAGCUUCCCGCGCAGUGAGAGGCGCGCCCGCUGUCUCCUUCGGCCCGACUUUUCCCGCUGGCGCCAGCUGGUUUCGCCGUCGCUCGCGUACGCUGAGUCGCUGCUGGUUGGCUGUCGUUCCCGCCUCGUCGCCUCCUCAGAAAAUGGCGGAGCUGACCGGGCUGAGACCCGCCUACGCCAUGCCUCCAGUCCUGGCGGGCUUCCUGGGCGCAGGAAUUCUGGUGUUGAUUCUGGUGUUUCUGGCUCUGCUCUGGUCUUUCUGCCAGCGCCACUACCUACGUGUCACUGGGCGCUACAAGCUCCACAGUGACCGCUACUGUGAUCCUGAGGACCCACCCUACAAGUUCAUCCACAUGUUGAAGGGUAUCAGCAUUUACCCAGAAUCUCUCAGCAGCAGCAAGCGGAUUGUGCGCAGCAUGCGGCGAGCCGACCGUGACGGCGACCGGUCCUGUCCUGCUGCAGGAAGGGGCAUGGUGUUGGUCGAUGAAGAGAACAACAUCCUGGAUGUCCCAGGGCAGCUACAGAUGAGCCAUCUGGUCCCCCCUGGUGAUCCUGGUCCGGUCCAGGAUCAGGUCAGGUUGGAGAGGGCUCUUCCAGUUCAGGCUGACUACUGUUGCCUGGAGAGCAGCUCAGCCAGCAGCAGUCAGAGCAGCAGCAAGACCGUGUCACCGUUCACCCCAGCUUCAUCUGAGCCUGAGCCUGAGCCUGAGCCUGAGCCCGUCCUGGGCACCAUAAACCUGACUGUGGACUAUAACUUUCCCAAAAAAGCCCUGGUGGUGACCAUUGUAGGGGCCCGGGGUCUCCCAGCCAUGGACGAGCAGGCAGGAUGCUCUGACCCCUAUGUGAAGAUGACCAUCCUGCCAGAGAAGAAGCACCGCGUCAAGACCCGUGUGCUGCGGAAGACCCUGGACCCACUGUUUGACGAAACCUUCACCUUCUACGGUGUGGCCUACAGCACCCUGCCUGAGCUCACGCUGCAUUUUCUGGUCCUCAGCUUCGACCGCUUUGCCCGGGAUGAUGUCAUCGGGGAGGCUGUGGUGCCACUGAAGGACGUUGACCCGAGUACGGGCCGAGUUCAUCUCAGCCAGCAGAUCAUCAAGAGGAACAUGCAGUGUGAGAGUCGUGGAGAACUGCUGGCGUCUGUGUCCUACCAGCCCGUGUCCCACCGUCUCAGUGUGGUCGUCCUGAAGGCCCGACACCUCCCAAAGAUGGACAUCACCGGCCUGUCAGCAAACCCGUACGUGAAGGUCAACAUCUUUUACGGACGCAAGCGCAUCGCCAAGAAGAAGACGCACGUGAAGAAGUGCACGCUCAACCCGGUCUUCAGCGAGUCCUUCAUCUACGACAUCCCACCCGAGCUGCUGCCCGAGAUCUCUGUGGAGUUCCUGGUUGUCGACUUUGAUCGGACCACCAAGAACGAAGUCCUGGGCCGCCUGCUGCUCGGCCUGCACAGCCCCUCCCCCUCCGGCGCCUCCCACUGGCUGGAGGUCUGUGAAAACCCUCGCCGGCAGAUCUCCAAGUGGCACAACCUGAGCGAAUACUGAAGAGUCAUGCACGUGCCCACGUCACCUACCUGCUGGGACUUGCAGAGGGGAGGAUGCUGGGAAAAUAAAGACUCAGUGUACAGCAUGUUCUCACACACACACACGCACACACACACGCACACACACACACA